AUGGAAAUCACCACUCCUCCAACAUCAAAGUGUAUUAUAUACUGGAAAAGAAAAGUCAAGUCUGAAUAUAUGCGUCUCCGGCAGCUCAAGAGGUUUCAGGCGAACAUGGGAGCUAAGGCUCUGUUUGUGGCCAACUUUGCAAAGGUUCAUGAAAAGACUCAAAUUCUGAAUGAAGACUGGAAGAAGCUUCGUGUCCAGCCAGUGCAAUUGAUGAAGCCAGUCAGUGGGCAUCCAUUCCUAAAACAGUGUACUGUUGAGAGCAUUUUUCCUGGAUUUCCCAGCCAGACGCUGUACAUGAGGACCCUGAACACGGUGGCCCUGGUGCCCAUUAUGUACUCCUGGUCCCCUCUUCAGCAGAAUUUCAUGGUAGAGGAUGAAACUGUUCUGUGCAAUAUCCCUUACAUGGGAGAUGAGGUGAAGGAAGAAGAUGAAACUUUCAUUGAAGAACUUAUUAAUAACUAUGACGGAAAAGUUCAUGGAGAGGAAGAAAUGAUUUCAGGGUCAGUCCUCAUCAGCGAUGCUGUGUUCCUGGAGCUAGUGAACGCCCUGAAUCAGUACUCGGACGAGGAAGAGGAAGGACACAAUGAUUCAGAGGUUAAACAGGAGGAUGGGAAAGAGGAGCUGCCAGUCACAAGGAAAAGAAAGCGAAUUGCAGUGGAAGGUAACAAGAAGUGUUCAAAGAAGCGAUUUCCAAAUGACAUGAUAUUCACUGCUAUUUCUUCUAUGUUUCCUGAAUACGGCUUCCCAGAUGAUAUGAAAGAGAGGUACCGGGAGCUCACGGAAGUGUCAGACCCGAAUGUGCUGCCACCGCAGUGCACUCCCAACAUAGACGGGCCGUGCGCCAAGUCAGUCCAGCGGGAGCAGUCCCUGCACUCCUUCCACACCCUCUUCUGCCGCCGCUGCUUCAAAUACGACUGUUUUCUGCAUCCUUUUCAUGCUACUCCUAAUGUGUACAAACGAAAGAAUAGAGAGACCAAGAUCGAGCCAGAUCCUUGCGGAGCAGACUGUUUCCUCUGGCUGGAAGGAGCCAAGGAAUUUGCUGCGCUGCACAACCCCAGGUCCAAGUGCUCAGGCCGGCGCCGCCGGAGGCACCACGUGGUGGGCGCAUCCUGCUCAAACACCCCGGCUUCCGCCGUCGCUGAGACGAGGGAGGGUGACAGCGACCGCGACACGGGCAAUGAGUGGGCCUCUAGCUCCUCGG